GUACUCUGGUAGAUGAAAAUAUAACUGUUGAAGAUUUUUUUACAACAUUUGCUAUUGAUACACUUGAACCAGAGUUGUGGAAUGUUAAUUUUGAAGCAUAUUUUUGGAAAAAUGAAAUUUAG